CAUAUUUAUCAAAUAAUUGUCAAAUCAAGGUAUAUAGAAGUUUGUUUUUAAUGCUUAGGAAAAAUAAGCAUAUUUUCGUUACAAAUUCGAAAACAUCAAGCUAGAUGGUUUAUGUGAUGUUACCUCGAAUUCAUCGUAGCGAAGCAGAAUUACGUAAACAGCAAAUUAACACUUUGAAAAUUUUCAAUGCAAAUGUUACAGAACUGACCGAGGGGAUAGAAUAUCAAAUUGAUUUUCAUGCAGGUGAUAAUGACUUCAAGUUGAUAGUGUCAUUAGGAAAUGAAUUUCCUAAUGAUAAACCUCUACUAAAAAUAAUUCCAAUUGUGGUGCAUCCAUGGGUUAACCAUGAAGGUGAUAUUACAACGGCACCAGGUCUACUGAAUUUCACAUUACAUUCUGAUUUGGGUAGAGUAGUUCAAGCAGUAAUACGGGAAUUUGAAAGAAAUCCUCCUCCCAUAACUAGUGAACAUGGUGGCAAUACAGUAACUUCACCUUCAACAUCAGUAAAAGAAUCUGAAAUAACUAGUCCAGGAUAUUUAAUGAACUUUCCAACUUCAUCAAAUUUUUCUCCUCCUAGUCAAAUGAUAGCUAGCAGUUCUAUGUCAUUAUUACAAGGAAAUUAUUUCCCAGAAUUAAAUAAACUCACUAUUAAAGAAUUGAAAUCUUUGAAUGAAAGUAUAGAUAAACAGGAAGAUUUUAUCCUUGAAUUGACUCAACCUAAGGAACAAAAUAGGUUGAUAGAUGAACUUAUUCUGCAUGUUGAAGAUCUAGCAGACUCUAAUUUAUCAAAACAAGAACAAUUAGAAAUGUUAAGAAAAGGUAUUGAAUAUAGAAUAGAAGAAGCAACUGAUCAAACAUUCAAAACUGAGAAAUUACAUAAUGAUUAUAAAAAUUUAUGUGAAAAAUUCUCACCUAAAAAUAUUCAGGAACAUCUUCGCUUAGCAUCUAGAAAAGCCGAUGAGGAUAGCGAACAGUUAGCAGAGCAGUUUUUGAAUGGUGAAAUGGAUGUAGAUAGAUUUUUAUCCUUAUAUAUUAGAAAUCGAACAAAAUAUCAAACAAGGAAAAUAAAAGAAGAAAAAUUAUCUCAACAAAUUGAUAGUCUGGAAAAAGCAGGUUUCUAGUUCAUAUUUGGUGAUAUGUCCAUAAGUUGAUUGCUUUGUAAAGGUUCCUUCCAAAUUCAAUAAGUAAACUAUAAAUUCUUUAUUUUAAAUUAUUUUGCCCUAUUUGGGAUAUCUGUACUCGAUUGAAACAUUGUUUCAAAAUAAUAUUUAUUUCUUGGAAGGCUUGAUCUUUUUUGUUAUUUCCACAGAUAAGGAAUUUGAACAUUACAAUUUUAGUAUUAUUCAUUAUGCUAGUGAAAAAUUAAAUACUGUAAAAUGGCAGGCCUUAAAAAUAUAAUAAAAAAACAUCUCUUUUAA